AUGUUCUUCGACACGCUCCCCAACGAGAUUGUAACACACGUCUUCCUAUCUCUACCUAACAUUGCCUCCGCAAUCAACCUAUCCUCUACUUGCCACCGCUUCCGUGACGCCUACCAAUCUUCCAAGAAGCUCGAAAUCCUUCAAGGCGCCGCCGAUGCAGAACUCGGGCCAAUCGAAGAUGUGGUUCAGCUUCUCACCCAAAACGCCUCACAACCAGCCCACAUCCGUAGAAGAGUGCCCAUGUCUGAGGCUCUUCUGCAUCAAGUCAUCAAAACCGGCCGAACUGCCCAGAAAUACGAAGACAUUUACCCGUUGAAGAAAUGGAAGAUCGAUUUCGCGAACAGGAGGCUCUUGACAAGCACUGAGCGCUUCACUUUGAGACGUGCUCUUUACCGGCUGUGGCUCUACUCCAAGGCCUUUCACACCCCCACACAUGUCCGUACCUGCCGCAGCUUACCAGAAGUCAUGCGAGAGCGUGCAGCUCUCCUACACAACUUUUCCACUGGGGAGUUGGCAGAAAUGCUAGACGUACACUCAGUCCUCCGCGAUAUGGUUGCCAACAACAUUUGUCCUUCGAAUGGCCGCAUUCGACAGAAGUUUCAGAAACGCUAUCCGGAAAGCAACAACCAGCUCCUUUUCAACGUCCACCUCAACUACCCAUCUACGCCUUCCGCUUUCUCCACUGAUGGCUGGGCCCCGAAUGUUUCGCUUGGCAAGUAUCAAUCCCGGCUUGUGUCUACCAAAUGGCACGAUCCUGGAGCCGAAGGAUGGGGAGACGACAUCUCACACUACUACAUCAUCGAAGACUAUAUGAAGCUGGAUCCAGAACAGCUAUUGUAUCUUCGCGACAAUUGUCAUCUCAAAGCGCAGGUCGAAAGCCAUGUCCGUGGGCUUGGAGAGUACUUCAUUAACAAUGGCGAGACGUUCUCGGAGACGCUUGCGCUUGUGGUCAAGCAAAGAGGUUGUGACAUGGAAGAAUUGAGACAUGCGGUGGAGGWCGGGGAGGUCGGCGUUGCUCUCUAUGACGAUUGA